UCUAGUGCCAACCCCCAAAAAAACAUUACCUGCAAAACCCAUAGCUAUCAUUUAUGAUCAGCUUAAAUCAUGAUUAGCCUUUAAUUCGACGACGAUUUUUUUUUCUUGCUAUGAAACAGUUUGGGGGAGCUCUGAAUUAUGCCCAUGACCCUGAUUGGGGCUUCCACGAUUCAACAACACUGAGAACUUGGAGAGCGAUUGUUUUGGUACGGCAAUUUGUUCAUUGAGGAGUAGACGUGAGCUCCAGGAUCACGCCCCAGUAGUAGUAAACCUCACUCCCCUUAAUAUCCAUUAGAGAGGUAGAGGCCACGCCCAUCCCUCCCCAUGCAUCGACUCACAGCCCGGAGCCCGGUCUGGCCGGGUGUGACUCAAGUGUGGUCACAGUUGAUUGGCCGAGAACUCCAACCCUGCACCUGUCCCGCCUCCUGGUCGCCCACACGCCUCUUCAGCAUCUCAACUAGUCCGUUACGUCAGUUGAGCGACAAAGAUUGGGUUCAGAGCUUCUUAUCCCAAGCGGUCAAGAAGUCGCCGUCGGUCAGUUCAGAGUCCAUGGGCCAUGGAGAAGGUGCUCAGCGGGCUCAGCGAAGGCACCGAUUAUUCCACGAUUUGAACUUUGAGCCAGACAGACAUGGACGGCACCACGACCGAUUUUCGGAUCGUUCCUCCCUGCACGACCAGUAUAGCGGCUUUAGCGACAGUAUGACUGAACCCGAUUGGCGGAAUAUGGCCCGCCCACCGCCCAAUUUCGAUUUCUAUCAACCGGCUGCCAGUGUGACCCAUCGAAGUGCGGAGGAAAUCCAGUCGUUUCGGCGCGAGAAUCACAUUCAUGUGGUCCAAGGCCAAAGCCAUGUGCCUCAACCCAUCCUGCAAUUUGAUGAGGGUAAUUUUUCCCCCGGCAUUUUGAACGUCUUAUCGCGACAAGACUUUAGCACACCUAUGCCCAUUCAGUCCCAGGGUUGGCCAAUUGCCUUGGCUGGCCAGGAUCUGGUAGCCAUUGGCCAAACGGGCAGUGGUAAAACAUUAGGUUACCUGUUACCCGCACUCAUGCACAUCCAGCAUCAAUCGCCCUUGGCCGCCCGAGACGGUCCCAUUGCCUUAGUUAUGGCGCCUACCCGGGAAUUGGUCAAUCAAAUAGGCCAAGUGGCGCACGCCUAUUGCAAAGGCUUGCAAUUGCAAACCACGUGUUUGUUUGGCGGUGCUUCGCGCAGCCGGCAGUUGCGGGAUUUAGACCGCGGGUGCCAUUUGGUCGUGGCCACGCCGGGUCGUCUUCUUGAUUUCCUGUCCAGCCAUCAGACCAACCUAACCCGCACCUCUUAUGUGGUAUUGGAUGAGGCUGACCGUAUGUUGGAUAUGGGUUUUGAGCCGCAGAUCCGCCAGAUCCUAGAUCAAGUGCCACCUGAACGUCAGAUGCUCAUGUGGUCCGCCACGUGGCCCCAAGGGGUGCAGGAAUUGGCCACAGAUUUCUUUCAGAGCGAUGAUCACAUUCACCUCAACAUAGGGUCGACCCAACUGCAUGCGAAUAAGAAUAUCACCCAAAUUGUGGAUGUGGUGACGAGUCAAGACAAGAUGCCCAGCUUUAUAGACUUCAUGACCAAUGCUCGUGAGCACGAUCCUCAUGCCCGCAUUCUGGUCUUUGCAGACACCAAACGUGCCGUCGAUAUGCUUCAACGGAUCCUUCAGAACAAAAGGAUUCGCAGUCAUGCCAUUCACGGCGAUAAGAGUCAGUCGGAUCGCGAUCGAGCCAUUCAAGACUUUCGGUCGGGGCGAAUUUCCACCUUGAUCGCCACCAAUGUGGCGGCUCGAGGUUUGGAUGUGGAUGAUGUCAAGUGCGUGUUUAACUUUGAUCUUCCGACCUCCAUUGAGGAUUAUGUGCACAGAAUUGGCCGGACUGGCCGCAGAGACCGAAGUGGUGUGUCAUACACAUUGGUGACCUCCGACAACAUCAACCAAGUGGACGAGCUCAUCCAGGUGCUCAAGGAAGCCGACCAAAAAGUGAAUCCAGAUCUGAUUGAGUUGAGUCACCUUAAAAAACAAGGCCGAGGAUUGGGGAAGAAAUCAUUCCGAAAAAGCGACGGCUAUUCCAAGCCCCGGGGGCGAAAACGUUACUGAAUGUAUCCUCAAUUGUAUGUCUUGUCCAGGGCCCUCAAAUUUGGGCUUCUUACUUCGAGGACUUCUUUCAAGGAUUGCACUGAAUCUUGAAUGUCAAGGAAUAAAUGUCGAAAUUUGAA